AUGGGGAAAACUGUACAGGUAAGUUCAAUUUCAGGAUAUCGAUUGUUCAUGUGAAAGUGCCGACUACAAGUCACCACAGAUAUUAGAGCCAUACAGUAUGGUUAUACCGGUCACCAUGUACAUUUAUUGGGUCGGGGAAUUUUGUGAGCUAAUAUUUUAAAGUUUAAACAUACCUGACGAACUUAAAUAUUUAACUGACAAAGAGGGAAUUAUUUCCGCUUUUCAAGGUGACUAUACUGUAUACUGUAUAUUAUAUCUUCGGCAGUCUGCUAUAUUUUAAUACUGACAACUCAUAUUUAUUAAUUUAGGCACAUUUGUUGAUUUCAAUGUAUGAUAUAUCUCGCACAAUCACUCAUGAGGAAUUUAUAUUUUUAAUUUUGGUCCUGUAAAUUCCAUGUUGGUUAUACUAAAACGUACGAUACAGUCUGGGAUAAGGGAGCUAAUUUACAUGGAGGGCAUGAUUUAUGCCUGAACUAUCCGGUUAUGAAGAAUUACAAUUGUCCAAUAAGUGACCAAUCUAUCAAAUGCAUACUAGGCAUAGAUAUCUUAUAUACACAAGAUAGUGCAUCUAAUUAUUCUGCAGUUCAAACAUUGAAGCCAUGAUUGCAGACUCAGGAUAUUCCCAUGAAAUGAGAAGACUCGUUUUUUUUCCAUUUCUUAAACAGAGAACUUAAAUAUUAAAGUAAACCUAUUCCAAAUACAUUUUUAAACUAUUCGAAUGAUGGAAGUUAUUGUUGUUUUUUAAGCGUUUAUUAGCGAGUGGGAAAUUUCAACAUGGCCGCCAUUUAUUCAAAUGGGGGUAACCGCUGGAAUAUUCUGGGCUUCAAUUUUACUAAAAGAGAUGCACUAUCUAGUGUAUGUAAGAUAUCUAUGAUACUAGUCCGUUUGCUGCGUCCCGUUAUCGUUUAUACUUUCAUUAAGCAUGUCUUGGAACUGAAAUAUUUUUAUCGGAACUAACACUUUCGAACACGUUGAGUUCAAAUCCGAAAACUUCCCGCACCGUAGACCCGCAGUUUUCUCACAAACUGCUAUUUUAUAUUCGCUAAUUUCACAACAAAUUUUUUCAUUGUUCAACGUCACGGAUCAAUGACGACACACGAUUAUAUCAGUCAAAACGACCAAUUUCUAUUAACCAGUCUUCUUAAAGGGGCAGUGUCACCAUUUGCGCAUCUUUACUGCGCAUAACAAAAGAAGCUUCGGAAAUUGUCGGAAAUCGCUCGGGCCUCAAUAAUCGCCAUUGUUUUAGGAGCGUUGAAUUGAUGAAAUCCGGAUGAGCAUGGUAGGUUUAGACAUAUAUUUGCAUUUUAAUAUAUAUCGGAUGUCACCUAUUUGACCUUGAUUAUUAUUAAUAGGAUUCAUAUUGUACAUGCAAGAGUUCUUGCAACACGAGAAGAAAGGAAAAUGGCACUCGAGGAUGCCCUUGUAAGGGUAAAAAUAUGAAGUGCGAUGAGAAUUGUCGGUGUGGUACACGUAAUAAACCAUGCAAAAAUAAGGUAAAUAUGGAAAAGUCGAUAUCUUUUAAAGCGAUGUGGCUUCAAACUUUUAAUUUUUAUUAUCUAAUUUCGUUUCAGGAAGGCGCUGUCGCUGCCGUACAAACUACUGACACACAAUGUCAAAUAGCACAUGGCAAGAAAAGGCAAGCCAAGCAAGGUUUCCGGCUGAGUCACGAGCUACAGCAGUCUGAAGAUAUGGAAAGAGAAAAGGAACACGAAGAUGUAAAGGUAGUUGUCUAAUAUUGUACUUUGAAGUGAUUUUUAAGGCAAGAUUUUGAAUAUAAACUUUUCUGUUUACUGAAAAUAUUUAAGAUCAGAGGUACAAUGCUACAUUGUUCCAUGGAUAAACCAGGUUUAUGGUCAAGGUUUGCCUAAAUUAUGACCAAUUCUCUGAACCAAACCCAAUGUGAUAGUUGCUUAAUAUGCACCUAUCAAUGUUAAGCCCCAGAGGGAGGGGGGGGGGUCGGGCAUAAGGUGGGACAUUUGAUUUUUUUGAGCAAAUUUUUGAUGAAAUGCCCCACCAUCGGGCAAUAAAAUAUUGGUUAAAUGCCCCACCAUUUUGCAAUAAAUACUAUAUUAAUAAAAGUCAUUUGGCUCAAAUUGCCCAGCUCGGGGCAAACAUGCUAAUCAAAAUCCCCAGGGUGGGGAUACAAUUGAUGAUCAAAUACUCAAAUACCCCACAUAUGCCCGAUAACCCCCCCCCCCCCUCUGGGGGUUAACAUUGAUAGGUGCAUUAAUAUGGUAGCACUCUCUCAAUUGUCAACAUAGCAAGCCCUUUUGAAUUACCUGUUGCCUGGAUGGCCUUUUAAAAAGUACUCAAAAAGGUUUAUCACAACAUGCUGUUGUAAUAAAGUCCUUGUUUAUUUUAGAGAUUUAUAUUCAUGCUAGAUGAAAAUAUGGCAAAAAAACUAGCCAUCCGUAGUCUUCGUCGUGGAAUUGGAAGUAUGGACUACGUAAACACAUUAUUAAUAAUGGAAGAUGAUCUUGAUGAAGCUGAUGGAAGUGAAAGGAUGGGUGAGUUUGGAGAAUCAUCAGAAUGUCCAAGCAAUGUUCCAUCGAAUGCGAAUGAAGAUAUAGAAGGCUCUAGUAGUAUGACACAGAAUCAGGGUCCGUCUCAAGAUGAUACCCCACCAGCAGAAUUACCAGAGUGGUGUAAAUGCGGGAAAUGUCGACCUAUGCCCCAAGAGGUAGAAAACAAAUGCUGCUGUCAAAAGAAGUGUAUCACCCUGUCAUCGAGAUUUACCAAGCUGUGUCUUGACCCCGAUGUACUGGAGCUGUGCAUUCGCAAUACUGGAGACAUCAGAAACGACAGGGAAGAUACCAGCACCAGAGCUUUCAGGAAAGCAGCAUACCGGCAAUUUACACUUGCACGAUAUGGCUAUUUAGGCAAAGGAAACAGGCGAGUGUGUCCCUCUUGUGUGGUGCUAAAGAUAAGGGCACAAUAUCCAUCUGUAACAGGUGUAUAUAUGGGAUUUAGGGAACACUGA